UGAAUGAGUGUGCGAAAAUUGUUAUGCACUUAGUGUAAGAACAGAUAUCUUUCACAUACGUACAUUAUUUGUUCACGAAUACAUGUGGCAUGCAGUCAGUCUAAAUGUAUCGAAAUGAGCUACCUUGUGAAGGGCGCUGCUAAUAAUCGGAUGGUUACUUCGGGGGUAUAUUCCAAACCACUAUACUGUGAAUCAUUGACUGAUUUCUGCUGUACUCGAAUUGCUGCCAGUGCUCAAUGGACUUAACUUGUUCAAUCUGCCUUAAUGUCUUGUUCAAACCAGUUCAUCUCCCUUGCAACCACCAAUUCUGCAAGGACUGCAUAGUUCAGGCUUUAAACUUCACUGCAUAUCAAUGUCCUAUUUGCAGAUACAGACUUUCAAACUGGCUACGGAGAGUAAAAGAUAUAGAUUCAGUGAUUUCCGAAAGUAAAGAAAAUGAAAUUCGAAGCCUUUUUCCAAAUUAUUAUAAUUCCAAGGAAUCGGGAAUGUCCCCUUCCUUGUCUGAAUUUGAAAUCAAAACCCUUGAAGCGAAAAAUACAGAUCCUAUUCCAAACUGUUUUGCCGAGCCAGGAGAUGUGCAUGAUUAUUAUAUGAAAGAGAUCGAGAAGUAUUCACAUUUACGUUCUUUAGAAGAUAAAGAAAAUGAAGAAGCUUCCUUAGCACUAGCUGCUCAGCUCCUAUUUGAAGAUGGUCUUAACUCGCCAGCAGAUGACAUUUUACCCUUUGAGUGCCAGAAUAAUAACCAUCACAUUGAAAAUAACCUCACACCCAUUGCUUCCUCCUCAUCCAGAAGUAAAGGAAUAAAGAAAAAGUGCGGAAGAAAGCAAAUAAGAAAGCGACAAAAACAAGUAAAACAUUGUUGGAUUACGCUAUCAAUACAGCUAACGUCGGACUCAAACCAGAAGUUGCGAAUGAACAGAUUUUGUGUGAUGAGACAUUUGCUCGGAGGUUGCAGAUUAAAUAUUCAAAACUGUUGGAUAACAUGGAAGAGCAUAAACGUCUGAAAGGUAGAAAAUAAUAUUCUUGAUAAUUUUGUGAUUAUCUGUGUAACAAAACAAUAUUUAACGCUACUUUAUUUUGUCAUGCAAGAUAAAUAAAGUGUUCAUAUUGUAUAGAAUUAAACCAAAUGAACAUAAUUAUCUAUAAAAGUUAAUUUGCCCGAAGAACAAUC